AUGAGGAAUCCGGCUGGUGGUCUUAUGGAGCAUAGAAAGAUCGAGGCUCUGGACGUUGUGUGGAAUUCAUGGCUACCAUCCAAGGUGCGAAUUGGGUGGAGAUUGAUUAAAGACGGCCUGCCAACAAGAGAACAACUGGUAAAAAGGGGAAUAAUUGCAGGGAAUGAAGAUAGCUUUUGUGUUUUUGGAUGUCAAUGCCAAGAGAACAUCAAUAAUUUGUUUCUUUCUUGCCAAGUAGCAGUGGCCGUGUGGGAAAAGAUUUAUCUUUGGCUUGAGCUGGACAUUCAUCCACUAGUUGAAUGCAGUGAGGACCUCUUGCAAAUGAUUGAUAUUCUUCAUAGAGUAAGGUCGCCGAGGAGGGUGGGUGCCAUUUGGUUAACGGAUUGUAGGAAUGAUUGUGCAACUUUGAUUUGCACUUUUGAUGGACUGACUGAUAAUUGUAACUUGCUAGGCUGA